GUUUCCGGUGUCUGCGAAAUCCGAAAAGUGAAAAGUUUUUACGACCACAACAAGCUGAAUAACUUGGUUCCUAGUGUGCUGAUUAUCUACUAUUUUAUAACGUUACUUAACACACAUCACCCAGUUUGGUGAUUUCCAACAGUGAAGGUAACAAAGUUCAACAUGAGGUGAAUAAAUGGGGAGAAUCAGUGAUCGAAUACAGGGAAAACAUGAAAGGGAAGUAGAGGAACAGACUUGGUUUCACAUCAGAUGACUGUUCAAUGGAUUCGGAGACUUCCAAGAGCAACAUUAUGACUUUAUAAUGAGUUGACGUCUAAUGUAGCUAACAUUGAGAAAUGAUGGAGGAGAAUUGUGCUACUAGAAUCAGAGAUGGUUCUGACAAGACAUCUCGAAAGAAUGUGGCCAUCGAGGAAUGGAUAAAUCAAUCAACUCUGGAGCUCAAGCGCCAUCUAAAGGAGAAUGGGGAGUGGACAGGUGACCCUGUGGCAAGUGAUUCGAAACAACUGCGGCUGGAAGUAGAAGGUGAUGGGUCACAUGGUGAAACUGGGAAGUCUAUCAUAAAUAGUUCUGAAAGGGAAACAGAAGAUCCAUCCAAGGCUCGGCGACUAAACUUGCUCAAACUGAAUCAACAAAACAGUAUCGGGUCCACCUCUGAUAGGUCAGCUCUAACCAAUGGCUCCUCGGUGUCCAGUGUAAAUGAGUUGCUGGAUGAGCGGGCGGUGGACCCAGAAGAAGUUCUCAUAAACCUUGGCUUCGGAGGCAAAGAAGAUAAACAUGAACUUUCAGCCAAACUUCCCGAGCGUUUCCUUGUCAAGGAGUCGCAAGCAACUGGAAUCAAAGUGGAUGAAUUCUUAGAUGGGCACCCAGAGUUGAAAGAUUUGGUGACGAUGCGCCAGAAUAGUGCACCUAUAACAGAUGACGAAGGCCGCAUGCACAUUAGUUUAGCUAAUGUGUUCACAGAUGUCACUAGGAUGGCCCGUGUCAUCCGAAUGUUCCGGAGUGGUAUUCAGACCCCCACACCCGGGAGUCCCCUCUCUAGGCAGCAGUCACCAUUCCCCGAUUCUCCGCAAAGACAGAGUAUCCUCUCAGCAGCCAAUCAGAGCUUCCUUGACAAACAGGGUCUCUAUGACAAUGUGCCACAGUCUGAUAAUAAGUUCAAGAAUUUAGCUUUUAAAGCCCUACGCAAUAAAUCAGUGGAGAAUCUAAAAGAUAGAUUAGCCAAUGCUGAUAAGGUUCAAUCACUUGUAACAAAAGUGGAACAGUUUCAUAAGACCCCCAAGAUUGACAACACUGUCAAAGAAGAAAUAAGCACCAAUUACUCUUUAUCAGACACACACAUUCACGAGCAUUCAAGUGAUAUGACUAAGCUAAAUGGUCAUGCUACAUCAGCAUCAGAAAGAGAUGAUACCAGGGAAACUGCUCCUGUUGUUAUGGAGGCCGUACCAGAACAUGUGUAUUCCGAGAAGGGAGAUGUGGCGUUACACAUGAAUAAUGUAUCAACGUACACUAAUGUUGUACACACAGGUGACGAAGAAGCAAAUAAUAGAACGGUUGAUUCAGUUAAAGCUAGGCUCAGUGAGGGAUGUCUAGAUGAAGACAAAGACAAAGAUAUUUCCUAUGUGGAUUGGAAAUUCAAUAAAGGAGUAUAUUGUAAUGACAGUGAUGAAGGACUAAAUAUAGAAGGAUCAAUGAAAAGUAUAGAUGAACCAUUGAAAGAUAAAGACAAACCUCUGAAAGAUAUAGAGGGGCCACUGAGAAGCUUAAGUGACAGUCCAAUAGAAGAAGGUGAUUUGUCCAUGAAUCUAGGGGAGCCUGCUGCUGCUGUAGAGAUGUCUAAUAAUGAUGACCCUCUAAAGGCUCCAGAUGAUGGUAAUGUUCCAGUAGAGGGAAGUUCCAUAGCUCCAGCAGACGGAAGCUUUGUUGCUCCUGUAGAAGGCUUCCUUCCACCAUUGGGAGUAAUAACCAGUCCAGACAACUUCAAAAAUAUGAAAGAGCAACCAACAGUGCAUGUCGCGAUGGAGACAGUAUCAAAUGACACAGUGUGUGAAAAAUAUGCAUCACAGCAGUACCUCGGAUAUAUAGAUCAUAAUUACAAUGCUGUAGUAGAUAAUGUGUCUAACAAUGUAGAAAGUUGUGUGUCAACUCAAUAUUUUGAUCCAACACUUUCCUCUGAUACCGACCAACCAGAUAUUACCAUAGACACGCCAGAACCAGUUGACAAUAAGAUACCAUUGGUGCUCCAACCUGAUACACUAGUCAAAUUUAGUAAAGACAAAGAAGUUCAUUCAAGCAAAUACACACCAGUCGAUUUAAGCAAAGAUACAUUAGUUGAAUUAAGCAAACAUGCACCCAUUGACACUCACACAAAAGCAAACCUUGACACGGACAUGCCAGUUCUGCGCGCCUCACAUAGCUCAAAUAAGAAUAACACAAAUGUCACAGAAAACAACUUUGACCAAGCUCAAAAUGAAAGUAUCACCUCUAUAUAUAGUAAAACACCAGAAGAUGUUCAUAGCAACAAUGACAUUGUGGAGAAAGACAAUACAGUCAACCAAAAAGAAGGUGACAAUGAUAUUGAUAUUAUGGAUGGAGACAGCAAAGUCAAUCAAAUAGAUCAUAUAGACAUAAAGACAAGCAGUAAAAAAUCUCUGUCUCACAGAAGUGCAGUAAAUGUGAAUGAUCAUAAUGAUAAUUGCAGUAUUUUACCAGUUGUCUCUGAAGAUGCCAAAAUUUGCAGUAAAUUACAAACCUUCCAGAGAGUAACUAAAUCUCCUCUUACAAAUGGAAGCCAUGGUGAUAUGGUGGAUAUGUUGCAUGAUCAGGCAGUGGGAAAGGGCAAUAUGAAACAUGCAUAUAACACAAGAGACAUGGAGUUAAGUGAUAUUCAAGACAAUGUUGAUAUUGCUGGUGAAUCUGUCUCUAAAACAGGCAAGCAAUAUAUGGAUAAAUCCAAGAACAACAUUGAUGAAUGGUCAGUUAAUAAUAACAAUAGCCAAGGUUAUGAAGCAGUUCAAUCUUUAAAGUCACUUGCUCAAAAUGAAACAGGAAAGACUAAAUUUGAUAAUGUCUGGGGAAAACACGCAGUUGGAAGUUCACUAAAAGGUGAUCUUGAUAUGCGGAGGCUGUUGUUUAAACGUAGUGCUACGUAUGGUGGAAGGAUGGUAGUACCAGGUACAACUGAAGGUGAAGGUAGUGAGAGGUCCGAUAUACUACAUCACUCAAAGGAUGAUACAACAGCAUACACUGAUGACACUUCAUCUACCUUAGUGGAGCAGUCAUUGGACUCUCAAACACAUGAAAAUAAGUCUACAUCACACCUACCACCAAUGGAGACGAAUGGUUCGCAUUUUGGACAGCAUCGAAGAGAUGCUCCAGGCUAUAGGGGUAUACCGCCUUUCCAUUCAGAUGGUUCAGGAUUGGUUCGCUCUAGAACAUUUCCUGGUGGUUUCAUGUCAUAUGUAAGACCACUAUACUACACAGCUCAAAUUUAUAAUAGCUUUGAAGAUUUACAUAGAAACAAAGUGCUCAAUAGAAUAAGGAGUCAGUCACUUAAUCAUUUAGCUGUAUCUGAACCUUCUCUCGUUAGAUCUCACAGUCUUGAUCACCCUAAAUCACUGGGUGGAUAUUUAGAUAGUGAACAAAAUACAAAUAGAGUCAGGAGCCAAAGUGUAAAGUCCUAUCCUGGAAGCCCACGGGUAUGCACCGACAUCGGCAUGGAUAUGCCAGAGUGUAUCCGUAGUGGUGAUGCAUCAAGAAGUAGCAUGUCACUUCCUGUUAUACAAGAUGAUGUCUUGCUCUCCAAUGAUUCCGUAAGGAGGAUGCAGAGUGGGAGGUCAAGUAGAUUUGGGGAGGAUGAUAUAUAUAGACCCUUGAGAGCCAGUAGUGUUUGUGGUAGUGGCAUUAGCAGUAGUGUCCCUUCUUCUGUACUGGAUGUCAGUCACAUUAACAAGCUAAUGUUGAGGACACUUCUUAAGUCACCCACCUCUCAGAAUUUUGAUGAUUUAGCUCGGGCCCACACUGUUCCAGCAGAUAUUUCUGAGGCUGCAGAGGAGCUUGAAUUGAUGCAAUGUGGUAUCAGGAAAUACAGAGUUGUUAUUCAGGACCUGGAAGCAAUGUCCAGUCAGAUAUAUGCACAGCAUACAGACCUUCUAACCGAAGAUGACAGAGACCUGUUAGACUCCCUCCAUCAGAUGAGGCUUGAAAUCCUCAGUGAAGUGAUGAAAGUGGAGUCGACCAUAAUGGCCAGGAAGAAGGCACUCAUCAAAGGCAAACUAACUGGCACCUUCAAAUCUGACAUGAUCCAAAUUGUGAUCCAACUACUAAAAGAGCAACUCUUCCACCAUAAUCUUCUACUGUCUCUGCAACCAGACUUCGCUCCAUCAGACUCCUUCAGUAACUUCAGCUUUGGAUCCAUGUGAAAAGUCAAAACAUUUUGACAAGAAGUUCAAAUUGAUUAUAGGCUAUUAAUAAUUUGUUUUUUAUGUGGUAACAUUUAUAAUGGUCUUCAACUUUUUGUGGAUGGUGUUCGGCAGUUGGCAUUUGAUGUUU